AAGAGGGGUUUUCUAUUUGUUUUUUUUUUUUGCUGGGAAUGUAACCUGCUGCGGCUGAUUUCUUGUGGCGAUUAUGGUACACGAUAAUUGGAGGCAAUUACGAGAUCGUAUCUGGAAGUUCAAAGUCAGGGUCACAGAGUGCUGAGACUUUGCCAUCGAGUCAAUGGAGUGAGUGUUGUGUGGCCUUCCAAAUUAUAUAAACCCCCUCCCCGUAUUUGGAGAAGUAAAUCUGCACUCGAAAUGGCCAGCCAGAAAGAGGAGAUCCUGGGCUGUGACUUCGAGGUACGUGGCAAGGUGCCGAAGGAGGCCUUUGAACUGUUUGCACUGGCCCAGGCCAAGGCACUGGGACUCCGGGGAUUCAUCACCCAGGUGUCGGAGGAGAAGUUCAAGGGUCGUCUGGAGGGCGAGGGCAAGGUGAUCGAUGCCUUCAAGAAGCUCAUCCUGGCCGCCGCCGAGUACUUGCAGGCCAUCAAGGAGUUCAUCAUCAAGAACCUGAAAGUCAUCCGGGAAUACACCUACCAGACCUUCGAAAUUAAAGUGGACAAGAAGUGACCGAUGAAUGGCUAAAAUUCUGGCGAACAUAAACUGAAAUAUAUUUCCUACAUUUUCGCAAUUGCCUGCCAACACAGCCAUCAAAAUAUAUGAAUACUAAAUGA